AUGAUAUUUGACGUUGUCAUAGUAGGUGGAGGCCCCGCUGGUUUCUUCGCGGCGAUUCAUUGUGCUCAGUGUGCGCUAGCGCUCAGCGGCACUCAACCGCGGGUGCUUAUCUUCGAAGCCGGUUCUCAAGUGCUGGGGAAGGUUCGUAUAAGCGGUGGUGGACGAUGUAACGUGACGCACGCAGCGUUCGAUCUGCAAACUUUUUCCGGACGUUAUCCACGUGGAAGUCGUGAGCUACUCGGACCGUUGAGUCGCUUUGGGCCUCGCGAAACCUUCGACUGGUUUGAGCGUCGCGGAGUUAAGUUAAAGGUAGAAUCUGAUCGAAGAGUUUUUCCGGUUUCUAAUAAAAGCCAGAGUAUAGUAGACGCCCUCGUUUCAGAGGCUGAUCGGCUUGGUGUGCAAGUCGAGACAAACUGCAAAGUCACGGACGUUGCACACGAGCGCGAGGGCGACCAGCCGCUGUUCCGAGUCGACGUUGCAAAGCGCGGGCACUUUAGUUCGCGGAGGCUGAUGUUGGCAACUGGAGCCUCACAAAGAGCACUCGACUGGGCCCAGAUGCUCGGCGAUCAUCGCGUCGUGCCGCUCGUACCCAGUCUGUUUAGCUUUACGGUAUGCCCCGAGAGACAUGCAUGGCUUCUCGAGCUGGCUGGCAUCGCGAUACCAGAAGCUGAGGUCAGUUUCGCGGAGCCGAGCGCGCAACCCGCGUCCCGAGCAACUCUAAAUGGCCCUGCACUAAAGGAGACUGGUCCAUUGCUCAUAAGUCACAGUGGUAUAACGGGGCCAGCGGUGCUUGCCCUAUCUGCUUUUGGCGCUCGAGUAUUUUGUGAACGCAAGUACCGCUUCACUGCUCAAUUGAAUUUCAUUCCUUCUUUCGGCCCUUUCACGGAGGUCAUGGAGAGCUGGCGGAAGAGCUCGGGUCGUCGUCUUGGCAUUCUCACCAGGAAUCCCUUCAUGUUGCCUCGGAGGCUCUGGGCUGCACUUGUAACCAAGGUAGCUCGAAUUCAUAGCACGCAAAAUUACGCAAACCUAAGCGCAGCGGAAAUGAAACGUCUCGGUGAUGCUCUUACUCGCUGUGAGCUUCAUAUAGUGGGCCGCUCUCCCUUCAAGGAAGAGUUCGUAAUGGCAGGCGGCGUCGACCUUCGCGAUGUGAAUAUGGCCUCGUGCGAGAGCAAGCGCGUGCCAGGUCUAUACUUUGGCGGGGAAGUGCUCGAUGUCGACGGUGUAACCGGCGGCUUCAAUUUGCAAAACGCCUGGACAACAGGUUACUGUGCAGGAGUUGCCAUGGGGGCGGCAAUCGCGCAUCCAAGAGAAGCACCUCUUGCGAAAUGA